AUGAAAAAUACACUGAAAGUCCAAGUUGUAGAAAGGAGUUUGUCAAUCUUCACCAACCCCGUUACAACAAAGAAUCACGAACCACUGACAUUAUUAUUAUCGUUAUCUUCUUCUUCUUCUUCUUCUUCUUCUUCUUCUUCUUCUCCUCCGUUGUCAUUUUUCUUCUUCUUCUUCUUCUUCUUCGUUGUCAUUUUUCUUCUUCUUCUUCUUCUUCUUCGUUGUCAUUUUUCUUCUUCUUCUUCUUCUUCUUCUUCUUCUUUCUUCUUCUUCUUCUUCUUCUUCUUCUUCUUCGUUGUCAUUUUUCUUCUUCUUCUUCUUCUUCUUCUUCUUCUUCUUCUUUCUACUUUUCAUCAUCUAAUUUCUUUCGCUCUUUCUUCUUUUCGUCGUCGACUGUUUAUCGCUUGCUUUCUCGCUUUGUUACCUUUUCUUUUUCUUUCUUUAUUUUUUAUCGUUUAUUGUCUUCUUUUUCUUUCUUUACUAUCCUUUUUUCUUCUUCAUUCUUUCAUUAUCUCUUCCUCUCUCUUUCUUUCUUUCUUGUUGCUUUAUACUUCUCUUAUAUUUUUCAUAAUUCUGCUCAUCUUUCCCUUUUCACUUUAUUAUUCUUCCGUUCCUUUCUUUACUUCUUUCUUUUUCCUGCUUCAUUCAUUUCUUUCUUUAUUAAUAUCUCGCCUUUUUAUUAUGCUCUCAUCCUUUCAUAUUUGUAAAGUCUCAAUUAAUUUGUCUUACCUUUCUUGUCUCUCCUUUCUAUUCUUAAACAUCGGAGAAUAUGAUACUUUUGCUUUUUGUCUCUUCCUGUCUUUUUUCUCUCUUCAUCACUUUCUAUUUUAUCGUCCUCCCUCCUCCCUAUCUUUCUCUUCUUUCUUUCUUUCUUUCUUUCUUUCUUUCUUUCUUUCUUUCUUUCUUUCUCCCACUGUUCUAUUCUGUCUUCUCUCCUUUCUUUCCCAUUUAUCUCUUGACCUUCUUCCCCUAAAUAAACUUUUUUGUUUCGAUUUUCUUUUCCUUUUUACCCUUUCUACGCUUCUAUUUUUUUAA